AUACAUAUUUUUUAUUUUUAUUAUUCGCCCUCUCCUUAUUAUCUUGCGCUCGCUACGGUCCUGAGCGUUGUUGGUAAUCUUAACCUUUGAAUACGCGUCCCAUCAAUUUAUGCUACUGUUUCCGUGCAAGUAUAGUAGUUGUAUAUUUUACUAACAGAAAAGUCAUUUUAUUCAGUUUUAUAAACAUGGCAAACUGUAAGUUAAACCAAAUAUUUCUUGGAGAAAUUGCGUCAGUGCAAAAUUAUGGAGCUUUUAUUAGAAUUCCAGGCUGUUCAGUCCAGGGAUUGAUUCAUAAAUCACAGGUAAGCUCUGCUCAUGUCGACAAUGUUGCAGAGAUUUUGCAAAAAGGAGAACGAGUAUGGUGCAAAAUUAUUUCAAUCGGGGAUGAUGGUAAAAUAGGAUUGUCCAUGAAAUAUGUGAAUCAAGGAAGUGGUACAGAUUUAGAUCCUAAUGGAGUAGAACUACAGAGGGACAUGCAAAAGAGGAAGACUGUAGAAAAAUAUGAACGUAAAGCUAUACAUUUAGAAGCAGUCCUUAAUACUACUUGUACUAAAUGUGGAACUGCUGGUCAUUUAUCUAAGGAUUGCUUCAUGUCUCCUGAUGGAAAGAAAUAUGAAUUAAUCCCAGAGAUUGAAGAAGAAGAACCUACUGUUCAACCACAAACUGAUAUGACUAAAAAAGAGAAGAAACACAAAGAGAAAAGAAAAAAGAAAAAGAAAGUUAAAAAACUUAAACAAAAUACAGAUGAUAGUGAUUCUGACAGAAAAGAAGUAAUUAAAAAGAAAAAGAAGAAAUACUCUAAAGAUCAAAAAAGAAAAAGAAAGAAGUAUAAUGAUACUUCCAGCAAUGAAAGUCAUAAUGAAGAUUUUUCUAGUCAUGAUGUGAAAGCUCAUAAACGAAAACAUUCAGAAAGCAUAGACAAACAUUCUAAAAAGUCUAAACGCUCAAAAAGUAAACACUCCAGUGAUUGAGAAAUUAUAUAAAUGCAGUACAAUUGCAAAUUACGUUUCAUCCUGUUUUCAUAAUUUUAUAAUAUCAUUAAAAGUUUUGUAACAGUGAAAUUCAUAUUUACGCAAAAAUGUAUUUACAGUGUAUAAAAUUAUG